AUGAAAAGCAGCAAGCAAUUCCACAAGCUUCAUAGCAACAAAAGCAACAGCAGCACAGUAGAACAGAAUUUCGAAUUACCUCUCUUGGCCGGCGGUAUCCCAAAUCUGAGCCUUGAUGAUCUUAUCAUCGACGCGGAUGCUGCGCGUAGCGAAUUCAACGCCUAUGGUGGACUUGGACUCGAGGCUGAACUCAUUCCGAGCAAAUCUGGACAGCAAAUUGGAUUUGCCGACGCCGGAGUCGCCGAUCAGGACCAGCUUGAAGAGAUAAUCGUAGUCGUCGUCCGCCCUGUAUCCGCCCGCCAUCUUCAAUCUGCGCUAUACCUUACGCAGAUUUCAAGAGAAUUAUUAUUUUUUAUUUUUGAAUUUUUGACAAAAUAA